GUAAAAUGUAUUUGAUUUAAUCUAAACCAUAACUAUUUAAAGAUUUUUAAACUAUUUACAAAUGAAUUGCUUUCCAGAGAAUAUUGCACUGGAUUGCAUUUAGGAACACCCUAAUAAACCUAAAAAAAUGGAACAACUGAAUGCUGGCCAGGAAGAAUCCAUUUUGAUAACUCUUUUUGUAAAUCCCCAUCAAUUCAGCUAUGUGAGAUGCAUAGAUGUCGAGAACUCAACCAUGUUGGUCCGCCAAAUAGAGCGGGAUUUAACGGAUUACUGCACCAGUGAAAGGACGCAGCAGGUUUACGUGGAGAAUGAGGGAGUUAUUGUGCGCUAUAAGCCCUGGAGUCCACACAAGCUCCUGAGGGGUGUGGUGCGCAGGCGGCAGGACGAGAAGUACCUGGUUUGGAUCCAGGAUUACGGAUUUAACCUCUGCUGUUCUGUGCGGGAUUUGUGGCCCCUGCCUGACCAUUUGAGCCGCAGUUUAUGCGACUUUAAAGAGGGUGGUGUGGCCUUGAUUGCUCCCCAUUCCGACAGUGGCUGGCUGCGAUCCGCCAUCAACACUUUGGACAAGCAACUAGUGGAAGCCAGUCAACUCACAUUUAAAGUCAUACAUCGUGGCAAAUCGAAUCGGAAUUUCGGUCUGCUUAAGUUUAAAUCACCGUGCCAGACUGAGGAUGCUGCAACCUUUCUGAUAGCGCAGGACCAAGGACGCUACGACGACUCCUUGACCAUGGUCAGCUUUGACGAGGAUAUAAGCUUUCAAAUGGCCGAGGUCAACGACAUGUCGAUCGAAGCAGGACCGCGUGUAAGAAGAAUAAUUGAACUAGUGGCUGGUAGGCCAUUCCCCCAAAAGCCCAUCCUAUUGUCCAACAAUGUAAUGCCAACUGCUAAUGUAUCGACUCCAAUCCCUUCAGCGAUUCAGCAGCAGAAGUUAGACGCCCUGCUCCAGAAUCGCGACACCCAUCUUAUACCAAAGUCUGUGAAAGUUCUGAGCAAGGUUCAAAGUAUCAACGGAAGUUCCGUGCAAACUGCUCUGGUUAACAGAUCAAAACAAAUUAUCAAUGAAAUACCACAUAUAAACGAACUAUUAGACGUAAAUGGAAAAAUAGGGCCUGAACAUCUAUCAGAAUGUUUACCAAAACUGAAGCUUUCAUCAUCGAGUGGACCAAGUAACAUACCCUCUUCAUCUACAAAUUUAAACUCAGAUGUGCGUAAAUCGAUGCCAUUAUAUAAGCAAUCAUUUGUGCCCACUUCCGUCAUGUUAAAAGCAUCAAGAACUCAUUUAACGACUCCAUCGUCAGCACCUUUGAAUGAAAUUACUACCAACAAAUCGAACAAUCAAACAGUACAAUUUUCAAUGGACAAAAUGGAACAGAUAUUUAAUGACAUGGUUGGUAAAAAAUCCUCCGACAGAGUUGUACAAAAAAGUCGAUUCCAGAUGCCAAAUCCAAAUCUUUCAACAACAAAAAGAGUUUUGCAAAAGGUAGACGGAUCUCGCUCAAAAAGCACGUGUGAUAGAAAGCCAAGUGUAUGUUUAAAACAUCUAGUGUUGGUCCACAGUCCCGAGCAAGUGAAUCCUGUGACUAGUUAUAAGGAAUUACCCUUAGGCAACGCUAUCUCGAAGGCCAUGGAUGACUUGAACUUCCACACACCGCUGCCCACGCAAACUUACGCCUGGCCGCAUCUCAUGAAUCGCGGAUCCCUGGUGCUGGUUAAUCCCUCUGGCACGGGUCGCUCUUGGAGCUACCUUCCGGUGGUUUGCUCUGCCGUGUUGCGCUCCUUGGAAAAUGUAACUUCAACCCUCGAUGAUCGGAUGGCCCCAGGUCCUCUGGCCAUACUGGUAGUGGAUUCUGUGGAGAAUGUCGAAAAGCUGACUUCACAUUGCGAUUUCCUAAUGAGAGAUUUCAAAACCCAAAAUCAUAAGGUGCUCAAUACACAUGCUUAUUCCAUGAUAGAUGCGUACCUGAUUCUACUUAAUUCGUGCGGUGUUUUAGUGACAACACUGGCGCACUUAAAGGACAUACUGUUCAAUGAAUUAUCACUGGUAGAUACGACUAGAUUAGAGUUCCUAGUCUUCGAUGAUUACGAUCGCAUGCGACAGGAGAACGCAGAGCUUCUGGAAGAAGUGUUUCAGAAAGUUAAUAGCAUGGGUUGUCUACCAAUGCAGUUAGUCCUGGUAGCUCAACAAUGGCAUUCUGAGAGAUUUCAGAAGCUCUUAAGUCGUACAACGAAGCCACUGACACUAUUUGGGGACUUCUUAGAGGCCGCCCUAUACGGGGGUCUCAAAUUCAACGUCACUCUUCGCAGUUCCGCCUUGAAGGCUAGACACCUUGUCGAUAUCCUGGCAGCACAGAAAGGUCCCAAAAAGCGCACAUUGAUCUACUGCAAAAAUCAGAUGGAGCUGGAGGAUCUAAGAGCAAUCUUAGUAGGAGCCGGUCAUCAAUGUGUGGACAUUUCAAAGUCACAAAAUCUGGACCCUAAUGAGUUCAUGCUGGUGGACGAUAGCCAGGUCCAGGAACAGUUGCCAGUGAGAAACAUUCAGCUGCUUAUCCACUUUAGUCUUCCGGAGUCGUGGUUACGAUUUUCCGCCCGAUUCCACACAUUGGCAGACAACAUUCGGAAUUUAUUUACAACACCGAUAGAUCAAGUGCAUCAAUUAAUUACUUAUAUAUUUCUGGACGAGAAAAACGCUAAGGAAUGGCCUCGCACCAUGAAGUUCUUACAGGAUCACGGUUUGGCCACCAAACACUUGAUGCCCCAAUGUUUGUCCUAUAGCCAGCAGCAGUUGGAUGACAGUCAUCCCUACUGCCCAUACAAACUAAGCAAUGGUGAUUGCAAUCGUAACCAGUGCAACAAGCGACAUCACUUCCUUACAACUGAUCUUCCGAAGAUUGGAAAUCCUCUUCUGCAACCGGGUACUCUAAUUCGAUGCAAGUUCCUCAAAGCCUAUGACGGCGCUCAUAUGGCUGUCAUGCCCAUGAAGUAUAAGUCCAAAGGCUCGACCAGUUGGAUGGAUGUGCCUUAUCCUUCACAUCCAUCGACGUUAGCCUUCAAGAUGAGCUUCGGUGUGCCACGAAAGGUACAAGACCCGUAUAACAUUGACGAUGUGUGUUUUGUGCUACAUCAGGAACUCUUAAGCCGGGUUAGGAUUGUGGACUUUCCAGUCAGACGUCCAGUCACUGUUCAGUUGAUGGAUCAUGGCACUGAGUUAGUGCAGGUCAAGGGCAGUCAGCUGCUGGAGUGCCCAAAGUUUAUAAACCUGCCACAACUGGCCAUAGACAUUCGUUUGUCGGGCUUAGUUGGAUCAGGACAAGGAGGAAAGUGGUCAACGGACUCCAUUCAAUGGGUGCAGGAGCGGUUUGCUGCUAUCAACGGAGAGAUCAUGCAGAUAACCGUCGACUUUGGUGUUCUGGAUGUGGCUUACGUCAAGGAAAUUGCUUUGAUAGAGGAGUGCCCAACCAUGCAAACGAGUGUGUACAAAAUGUUUUUGCGGAAGGAACUGCUUCGACAAGGAUUCGCCAAAACUGACCACACUAGCAUCCAAGAGCUCCGAGCGAUCCAUGAACAUUGGCAAAAAGAAUUGAAAGAUAUAGAGGGCAGCAAGGAAAACAAUGAUUGUUGUUGUACCGACUUAGAUGAUCGUAACAAUAAACUAGCUUCUCAGGAAGCAAAUGUGCAAGUCCUUGAUCUGGUUAAAAAAACAUUAAUGACAGCUUCACCUAUCAUCAAUGAAAAUUUGGAGGAAAGAAAGCCCGUGACAGAUAAAUUAAAAAAUGAUGUCGAAUUCCCGAGUGAAAAUAAUCCUGCACCAACAAAUGUAGAUGAUCUUAAGAAAUCCGUGGAGAUGGGAGAAGUCAAAGACGCUUCACCAAUAGACAGUUCCACUGCAUUAAUUAACGCUCUGAUUCACGAGCUAGUCACUACAAGUCCGCAAAAGAAAAAGAAUACACAAGAAUUCCUACAAAACCUAGUACAUGGAGAAGAGAACCAGACACUUCCACACAAAAUGUCCUCUGAAAAUUCCGUAAAACAAGAUAAACCAUUAGUGGUUGGCCCCCAAGAUCCUCCAAAGGAACUUGUUUUACAGUCCCUAAACUGCGCUAAAAAAUCUAGAGAAUCAGUGUAUCCGCUGGUUAAAUGGCACCAGACACAAACCCAUAUCGAACUUAUAGUUGAACAGCAGGUACAGGAUUAUAAGCUUGUUCUAGUGAGAAAUGCAUUAAAAUAUAUGGUGAAUGUGACGACACCUCCUCAAAGAUUUAUCCUUAACCUGCUUGGAGAGGUGAGGAUGGACUCGGUUAAGCAACACGGGUAUUACCUACAUAUCAAAUUGACCAAGGUUGGUCUACUCUUUCACUGGCCAACUCUUCUCAACUCGCUUUACCUUCAAAAACAUGCCCACUGGUUGAGCUACGAUACGGAACAUUCUGAAGGACCUUCAGCAUCAGUGGGUUUGGUCCUUUGGGAAGGGUACCUGACGCACGAGAAAACAAAAGGCUACUCCGAUGCUGAGAGAGAUGAACUCGAUUCCACUUCAGAGGACUUCAUCGAUCCAGGGGUGGAAUAUUGCGGCAUGCACCCGACCUUAUAUGAAGACUAACACCGUUUUUAGGGUUGCCAUUUACUUUAGAACUAAACCAAACUUGAAUUUACUUUGAAUUCAUUUUUUAAGCUUGAAUAAACUAAUUGCUGUUCCUAAUUUUUAA